AGUCGCGCUUUAGCGAUCAGAUUUAUUCCUAAUAUGUGUGCUUUAAAGGGCGCUGAAAACCUUCGAGGUCGAUGAAAAUGGACAGAAGAGGCACUGGUUGAUAGAAGCAAAGUCCGCUGCAACUUAAAUUUAGCUGGUUUGAUACAAAUCUAGUCAAAAGAAGGUAUCUGAAGACAGGCAACAUGGAUUGUACUUUGGUCCUCAUCUACGCGCUCGUGAGAAUGUCAUGUCUUGUCUAUGCAAACCAGGCUUCUGAAGAGGAACAUCUGCCGUUUGUGGUAUCAACAACUUCUGGUCCUUUAAUGGCGGCCGUAUCUACAAAAUUUUCUGGCUCGAUCAACACCACAACCUCCAAAUAUAUUGCACAAGGUUCCAUUCAGACCCAAGUUGCUACAAGUGGAAUCGAUGUUGGAAAGUCUCCAUCAUUAACAACAAACCUUGCACCCACUAGCACGUCAAAAGGUGUUAUACUGACAGGUUCGGCACAGGCAAGCAUGGUAAUUCCAUUAACACAGACUUCUGGAAUCAAGCCCUCACAAACACCAUCAAUUGACCCUGUGCCUGCAAGUUCACUCAACAUCCAGAUGUCUCUGUCUCUCAGUUAGAGUGUGAUAAUUCCUUUACCUACAACUUCUUUCCCACCAGGUGCACUAGAUCCUCCAAUCAUUCGGGACACCACUGUGUUAUCAGCUACAAGUGUACUUGUCAAGUGGAACACGACUUCAAAUCAGCCUAUUGCUACCAACUAUUCAGUUGAAUUCAGUGAGGAACUUUUGUCUUGGAAGCAACCAACUUGUAACCAUUCUUUGGUGCAAGGUGCUUGUGUUGUGAAUCAGACACAAGCUGUCAUUCUGCUCCUCAAACCUUAUACAAAGUACAUUUUUAGAGUAGUGGCAAGGAGCCAGUUUGGAAGAAGCAAUUACAGCUCAGAGAGCACAUUGGUGGUGACUGAUGAAGCAGUUCCAAGUCAGCCACGCCAGGUUGUGGCAAGGGUUCUGAAUUCCACUGCAAUAUAUCUGAAUUGGAGUGAACCAGCAGAAAAGAAUGGUGUGCUUCUGAAAUAUCAGAUAAAGUAUUCUGAAAGGGAUUUCUCAGGGAAGUCAAUCACUCAAAUUGUUGGCCCGAGCAAAAGUGUUAGGGUGACGCUGUCUCCUCUGAAUCCGUUUACAUUUUAUGUCAUCAAUAUCAGUGCAUUCACAAGUAAAGGAGAAGGAAGACGUGUCACUGUUAUGAAACAAACAUAUGAAGGGGAGCCUUCAUCACCUCAGAAUCUCUCAACCAAGACUCUUAAUUCAACUGCAAUCCUUGUUUCUUGGAAAGACCCAAAGAAGCCAAAUGGAAAAAUAGGAUAUAGGCUUUCAUUUAAGGAGACAACAGAGCCCAGUUCAUUGGCUAAGUUUGUGUAUGGUGGGAAUCACACACAGUUUAUACUCUCCAAUCUGAAGCCAUACACACAUUACACUUUCACUGUGACUGCAUACAAUGUGAAGUACAAUUUGUCAAGUUCUGGGUUAUCUGCCAUGGAAACUACAGACCAGGCUGCUCCUUCGGGUCCCCCGCGUGACGUGCAAGCAGAAACCAACUCCUCUUCGUCCAUCAUUCUUUCAUGGCUCCCUCCAAAAGAAGAAGAACAAAACGGGAAAAUUAUAAGUUAUAACAUUCAAAUGACAAGCAUCUCUCUUGGAGAAGCACGGAAUGUAAGCACAAUGACCAACGCAACGAGAUUUGCGUUCACUAAACUACGGCCUUACACAGUUUACAGAUAUAAAGUGCAGGCUGUUACAGACGUAGGGGUUGGUCCUUUUAGUAAGGUUACCUUAAACAUAACCAUGGAAGCAGAACCCUCACCUCCAAGAAAUGUCACAGCAAGGAGCGUGAACUCAACAGCAAUCAGAGUUACUUGGGUCGAAGCUUUGAAUCCAAAUGGAAAAAUAAAUUACAAGCUCUAUGUUCGUCUCAGCGGGGAGAGCGAAGAGAAAAAUCGCCUGGUGUACGAAAGAAAUGACACUAUGUACAUAGUGGCUGGCUUAGAAGAGUUUGUUAACUACGCAUUUACAGUUGCAUCGUUCAAUAUCAGGAACAAGUGGACAAGCAAACCAAUAGUGGCCGUGGAAAGUACUCCUCCUUCGGAGCCUUCAGGUCCUCCGAAAAACGUCCAAGCCUGGACCCUUUCAUCAACGUCUAUACAAGUCACGUGGAGCCCGCCUCUUCCCAAAGAGCAGAACGGAAUUAUUCUCCGUUAUGUUGUGGCAUAUCGAACGCAAUCAGGCCAAUUAAACAAUCUUGACACAGCUAAUAACAAAACCAGCGUUGAAGUAAAAAACCUAACCAGUUUCACGAAGUACUGGUUUGCAGUUAGCGCAGUUAAUGUUAUUGGUGACGGGCCGGGGAGUGAAGAAGUUUCCAACACAACUUUUGAAGACAGACCUUCGCCUCCAGUAAAUGUUGUCGCCAAAACAGUGAACUCUACCGCCAUCAAGGUGACCUGGGAGGAACCACUGCACCCAAAUGGUGUUAUCUUCUACAGGUUGUUCUUCUGGCGGACUAGCGAGGGAGCUGGUUCCAAGCGUGUGCGCCCUCUGGCUCUCCUCUGAAUGUUACGGCCUUCGCCGAAUCGUCGACGUCAAUUCUCGUGAAGUGGAAGCCACCAAAUGAACUGGAUCGAAAUGGAGUCAUUACCUAUUAUAUUGUCAGAUACACGUCUCUUGGCAUGGAGUCAUCUAUCAACACCACUGACAACACUACACAGACGCUUAUUACACAUUUGAGAAAGUUUACCGAGUAUUACUUCACUGUCCAAGCCGUGAACGACAUUGGUGCAGGUCCCCCGAGUGUAAAUGAUACAAAAAAUAAGACAUUCGAAGACUUGCCAGGCGAACCAGUCAUAGGUAAUGUGACCAAUAACACCAACUCCUUAGUGUUAACCUGGAGAUCACCAAUAGAAAAGAAUGGAAUACUCACAGCUUUUCGGUUGUGCUGGCGAUACGUAGGGGAGCAAAAUGAAAGUUGCAAGAAUUUAAGUGCUGCUGAAAGCUGGUUCGAGAUUAGAAACUUGAAGGCUUACGCUCAAUAUAAUGUGUCCCUGGAGGCCCAAACAUCGGUGGGGGUCGGACCGGCCAGCACUAAUAUCUACAGGACGAGCGAAGGGGUUCCUUCGAAGCCGCUUAGUUUACGGGCAUGGAACAUGAGCGAAAAUUCAAUUUACGUCACAUGGAAGAAGCCAGCGAGAAUAAAUGGAAUCUUGAAAAGCUAUAAGGUUUUCAAUCUUUUAACAUCAGACAGCAGUCAACAUUUAUCAGAAGAUACUGUUUACGGUAUAAACUUUACGCUGGGUGAGCUUCAGCCCUACACUUCAUAUAACGUCACAGUCCAGGCCUUCACGGCCGCUGGUGGAGGAGAGAAAACUAGGGUCCAGGUUAUGACUGACGAGGCAGGGCCUGAAGGCCCACCACAGAAUGUGAAGCUCGAGAGCAAGACCUCCACUUCCCUCACGUUAUCUUGGAAUCCACCGUUACAAUCGAACGGUAUUAUUAGGAACUAUGAAAUCAAGUAUUUCACAUGCAACGGCACGGGUUUAAAACCUCCAGUAGAAAACGCGACGGAAUCCAUACAUACCAUCAAAGACCUGCAGCCUUGGCAGUGCUAUGGAAUACAGGUGGCUUGCCGAUCGUCUGGCGGGCUUGGGGAUUACUCCGAAGUCAUCAAAAUGCAAACGGACCCAGCAGCCCCUCCUCCGCUGGGAACAAUUGCACCUCCGGAUGAAAAAGAGAUUGAUACCACCUCUUUCAAAGUGGAGUUAACAAGGGCAUCAAAUAAGCGGGGUAUUGUUCAAUAUUACCGAGUGAUCGUGCGAGAGCUUGCAACAAACAACAACGACCAGCCGGUGCCGGCAGAUUACGAUCCCACAAAUUACAGAGAAAGAGAUUUACAUACUUACGAAGAAGCUCGGAAAAUGAAACCCAAGCUGGUGCCUUACGUUGCUGCAGAGUUUCCCGCCGAUAAAUUUGAUUUCUUCAAGGACUUUGAAGUUGGAGAUGGAAAACGAUACCCCAAGGUGUCGAACAGUACUUUAAGCAAAAAAAGAAGAAAACGAAGAGGAAGAAGAGAAAUCGGCGAAAGCACAAGUGAAUUUUACAACGGCCCUCUGGAGGAAAACACGUUUUAUGCCGUGUUUCAGCGUGCCUAUGUCGAUAAGAAAGUUUAUACUUCAAGUGAUUGGAUGGCUCCCGUCGCAACAGCGGCAGCUCGGAGUCCGACCGAGGCACCAUCAUCCUCAUCAGAUACCGGUCUCAUUGUAGGAAUUGUUUUGAUUCUUCUGAUUGCGCCCGUUGUGUUGGCAGCGGUCUACUUUAUCUGGAGGAGACGUUCAAAAUCGGGUGGAUCUUUGGAUGACAGAGAUGAUUUCACUAACGGGCAUCCGAUGAGAAUGAAAAAGAUGAGCCGUAAACGACGUUCGCUUCAGAAGCGUUUGAUGGGAAGCACAGAGUCCUUAAACAGAUUGGACGAACUUGCGGCAAGCAGAGCAAGGCGCCAUCCUGUACCAAUUGACGACUUUGAAAGACACGUGGAUCGAAUGCACAUGGAUGGUGAUCACGGCUUCUCUGAAGAAUAUUUGCUAGUUCAACCAGACGAGGAGUUCUCUUUUCAACACUUUUUGAAUCCUACCAACAAGUACAAGAACAGAUACGCCAACAUUGUGGCAUACGAUCACACCAGAGUGCUCCUGAACCCGAUUGAUGGUGUGCCAGGGUCUGACUACAUUAACGCCAGCUUCAUCGAUGGCUACAACCGACAGCGAGCUUACAUUGCGGCUCAAGGUCCUCUUAUGGAAACGUUCGAUGACUUUUGGCGUAUGAUGUGGGAACAAAUGUCGUCAGUUAUCGUCAUGCUAACAAAGUUGGAGGAGAGGGGAAGGCGGAAGUGUGACCAGUACUGGCCUGAACGUGGAACAAGAAAGUACGGUUCAGUUCAAGUGACUUUAAAAGAAACACUUAACAUGUCUCACUACACUGUAAGGAAAUUGGUGAUCUCUCAUAAACUGUUUCCCGAAGACGAGCGUGAAGUGAAACAGUUCCAUUUUACUGCAUGGCCUGACCACGGUGUACCUUCCCACCCCACCCCACUGCUCUCUUUGGUGCGUCACGCUUACGUCAGUAAUCGCGAGUCUGUUGGUCCCAUGGUAGUACAUUGCAGUGCUGGUGUUGGUCGCACAGGAACUUUUAUUACCCUGGAUGUCAUGCUGCAGAGAAUCAGCCAGGAAGAUAGCAUUGACGUGUUUGGUUUUGUCCGUCAGAUGAGGUUUCAGAGGAACUUCAUGGUGCAAACUGAGGCGUUUAAGAUUUUCGAAAGUACAAGAGUACAUUUGAAGAUGAGGCCGGGAGAAAUGGGUUCUGACUACAUAAACGCCAAUUACGUUGAUGGUUACUGCCAGCCAAGAGCCUACAUAGCAACUCAAGCUCCAGUUCCGGAUACUUUUGAAGAUUUCUGGCGUCUUAUAUGGGAACAGGAAUCUGCAGCUAUUGUGAUGCUAACGAGAGAGGAAGAAGCAGGAAAGGUCAAAUGUCACCAUUACUGGCCUUCAGAGGGAUCGCAAUUGUAUGGCGUCAUUCUGGUGGAGCUGAUAGAGGAAAACUCAUUUACAGAUUACAUUACCAGGAAAUUCAAACUCACACACACGGAGGAGAAGAACUCGCACACUGUGUGUCAGUUUCAGUACACUGACUGGCCGGACACAGGACUUCCGGACUCUGGAGUGGGUAUAGUCGAUCUGAUCGGUCAAGUACAGAAAUGGCAGCAGCAGAGUGGAAAUACAGCCAUUGUUAUACACUGCAGUGGUGGUGUCGGCCGCACGGGCGUGUUCUGUGGGAUCAGCAUAAUGAUCGAGCGCCUCAAGGCAGAAGGAGUGAUUGACGUGUUCCAAACGGUUCAAGCCAUGAGGCUCCAGAGACCUGCCAUGGUACAGACCGCGGAGCAGUAUGAAUUUUGCUACACAACGUUGCAAGAGUAUUUAGAUUCUUUUGAUUUGUACGCCAACUUUCAGUGAACUUUUACUGGGCAAUUUUUAUACCAGCGUAGAAUGACAUUAGACGGUUCAUCUCAAGGAACACACGUUGAUUUAAGACCAAAUACUCCUGAAGAGAUUCAAAGGAA